ACAGUCUAGUAGGAAUAAAGUUCAAGGGAAUUUUAGCACACGCAGUCACAUUACUGUUCUGCUUGCUCAGUGUAUAAAAGAUCACAUCACCUACUAGUUUGGCAGAACUGCUGAUUUUCUUUAUGUGGGAGACACUGUAUAUAGGAAAUGGCUUGCAUAUCUGAACAGUUGGGAAAAUGUCACUGUAACAGAGAUCCAGUCAACAGUAUUCUUUUUCAAAUGCUCAACAAAGGGAUUCAUGCAGACACUACCAGCCCAAAUGAGUAUCGCAACCACAUCUGUUCCUUGGUCAGAGAAUGCCCUUGUGAAGACAACAGAAGAGUUUCUCUGAAGAACCCUGAAGUGACUUGCAAGAAAGCAUCAGAAGUACUACUUAAAACUGUCGCAUUCAUUAGAAACGUACCAUCCUUCUAUCAGCUGCCUCAAGAGGAUCAGAUUCUUCUUGUACAGAACUGCUGGGCUCCACUUUUUGCUUUGGGUCUCGCUCAGGAAAGAGUGGAUUUUGAACUACAAGAACAUUCUGUUCCCAGUCUAUUGAAAAAAAUUCUCCUAAAUCAGUAUGUAAAUGUCAGUGACAUCUCACUAAGAUCUGAUAGAGGAGUUCCAUCAAUAGAAGUUCAAAGAAUUCAGCGUUUUUUAUACAAACUGUGGAACUUAGACAUCAGCACAAAGGAAUAUGCCUAUCUCAAAGGGAUGCUUCUGUUCAACCCAGAUAUUAGUGGUAUGACUUUCCCUCACUAUGUUCACACUCUGCAGCUGGAAGCCCAGCACACACUACUGGAAUUCACUUCAAUGAUUCACAGCCAGAGCCUUUCUCGCUUCAACAAUAUGCUCCAAGCAGUCGACACUGUAAAAGAAGUUAACCCCUCAGUUAUCACAAAACUUUUUUUCAGUCCUAUUUCUGGAGAGAUAAAUGUGGAAGAACUGUUGCUGGAAACGUUAUUUAUGAAAUAGAACAUCCUACAGUUGAUAUUAUGUAUAAAUGUCUCCAGAAUUGCAAAAACGACUUAUAUUUUGAGAAAUGGAAGCCCUAAUUACUUCAAUAACUUUCAAUAUCUCUUGAAAGGGAACACUGUAAUGAAAGCUGUCCUUAAUGCUCCUUGAGAGUUUACAUACAGUGAAACAGCACUCCAAGAAUGAUACUGUGACAUCACUCAAUGUGUUAACAAAAUUGCAUUCACAUAGGAAGUAAUGCUUUCUGCACAGUGGGCACAGCUAUCAUAAUUACAUCUUAAUGUUUGUCAUUAUAUACAGACUACAUGAAUGGAAACUAUAAAUAAACUAAAGUGCAAGUGCUCCUUUAUGAAAUGCAGUAUUUCAUGCAUUGGAUUUAUACCAUUUAAAAUCCAUGUUGUUAUUUUCACUAGUUCCUAGUGAGA